AGUUGUGUGUGAGAAUUCAAUGAGGAAACAUCAAAGAGACUGAAAAAAAAGAUGCAUAAAAUAUUCUUCUUGAUUUUUUGGACGCUGUUGGUUGGAAUUUCUGCAAAGGAUGAGACGGUUUUUGAUCAACUGACGGUUGAACAAAACCUUGAACUGCCAGAAAUCACCAAUACAAUUGAAUCAGAUCCAAUGACAAAGAAAGUGUACGACAUAAUUGAACAUUUCAAAGAUGAUAAUCCUGUGGGCCUGCCUGCAUUGGAAAUUCCUGACCCAGUUUCCAUUCCCGAUGUACAACAAACCCUCAAUAUUGGAAAGCUAUCAAUGACGAAAGUGAAAGCGCAUGGAAUCUCCAAAUUUCGCGUGCAAAAUGUGACAGUUGAGGUUGACAAAAGAAUGGAAGCAACUUGUGGAUUGCUGUUUGAGACACUCAGAUUGGAGGGAAAUUACUCGCUGAGCUCAUUUUUGGCAAGAUCAAAUGGUCCAUUCCAUAUAACAAUUUUGAAUGUAAUCGUGACAGCAAAUGCCUCACUUAAAACGGAACGUGAUGGCAAAAUUAAAACAAAUGAAAUUGAUACUGACAUUCAGUUGUCAAGAAUGAAUGUUAGUUUUUCGAAUUUGGGAUUUUUUGCCUCAAUUUUUCAAAGUUUUGCUAAUUCAGCAGGAAAUAUGCUUUUUGAGAAUGUUAAGCCUUACAUAUUAAAGGAUGCAAAGGCGAAGAUAAGGAAAGAAAUGGAUGAUAAUAUCGAUAAAAUGCUUGGAGAAUUUGGACUCAUUCCAAAUUCAAUUAGUCCUGUCGACUACAUUAUUGCAGAAGCACGAAAAAAAGUUCGAGAAUUGUACGAUCCACUCGAAAUUAAUGAGUAUGAAAAUAAUGGCAUCAUUGGAAUAAGAAUAUUUAAUACUUUAAUUAGCGGAAUAUCAUCAUUUUAUCGAGUCGGCGAUUUAACGUUAAAGAUGAUUGACAACAAUUUAAUUAUAAAUCUCGAAAUCGGAACACAAGAAAUCCACGGAAAAACAACGUGGGAAGCAUCGUUCGCGAAAGGCAUGAUAACAAGAUCUGGAAAUGUUCAAUUUUCCGUUCAGUACAUUAAAGUUUUCGUUUCACUGAUUCAACCAAUUAAUCUUCAGAAGCGAGUCAAUAUGAACGAUUUGCAAUUGGAUCUAGGAAAUAUUCAGGUCAUGAGCAGUGGAUUGGGAACAUUCGAUUAUGCAAUUGAGCUUUUCAUCAAUGUCUUGCCAAAUUUAUUGCGAUAUCAAAUAAUGGAUGCAAUAGAGAAGCCAAUUAUAAAUAAAAUUCAAGAAUAUGCCAAUAGGAUUGAUGUUGAAUUAUUAGUUAAGGAUUUACUGCAACAAUAUCGAAAUAACCAGACACUAAGUCUCAAUCUUAAUCGUUUCGAGCUGUAAAAGUGUAAAUUUGUUGUCUUUUUAUAGAACUCAAUGAAGGAAUGUUGAUGAAUUAUCGAAAUGUGUUACGUGCGAUCGUGAUUUUACAGAAUUUGUGGAAAGGUGUGCAAAUGAUGGACGUAAUACAUUUCGAGCAAUAAUAAAGGUUAUUAGACUGGUGCUAUAACUCAUUAAGAAUUUAUAGUAAUAAAAUGAAAUACCUCGGAAAAAAUAAAAAGUCAUGAAACUAUCAAAGCAAAGCUUCUUAUAUGUUUUUAGACAUUUUUUUCUUCUAGGUGAAACUUUUCUUGGCUCAGAUUGAGAGACACC